AUGUUGAACUCUACGUUCUUUCUGUGGGAUAGUAACUAUUCCAUAUAUGUCUAUUUCUACAUCUUCAGUGUUAUCCUGAUUAUCUGGCAAGUGCAACAGAAUUACUGCAGAUUGAAGUGCCAGCACAAAAGGAGCUGCUGCCGGCGUCACCGAAAAGUCAGGCAAAGGGCUAGAGAUGCAGCGACAAGAGCCAGGAGACUUUCCAAGGAAGAAGCUGAGAAGCCAUGGGAGCUGCUCUCUAUCAUGAAAAGCCAAAGCUGGCUCCCUGGUGAGGAAAAUGUGCGGCAGUUCCUGUGUGUAGAUCCCUGCUGCCAAAUCUGUGAUGCUGCAACUCUAGAGAUUCAGCAGUUGCUGGAGAGUGAGAAAAGCCAGCUGUCCCCUGCUUUACUGGGACUGCCACGGAGGUCUUCCUGUCUGGAGAUGUUGCCCAUAUCCAGUGUGUCUUUUGAACAGAACAUGAAGCUUUACUCUGGGCACUCCAGACAGCUUCCACUGGCAUCUGGAACUGAACCAGUAACACAACUAACAGAGCACUUAACUAACGCAGGUGGAGGCCAGCAAUGCUGGGCUGAUCACCGCCAGCUAGGACAGGAAUUUCAUCUGGCAGACAUGCCCAUGGUCUCAGAGUCUGUGGCUUCCUCAAGGCUCGAGGGGCCUGUGGUUUUAGUGAGUGAGGACGAGACAAUGCACAGCAAUCUAAACUGUGCCUACCAGAUCCAGGACCAUCAUGCAUUGAAUUCACAGCUUCCUUUUCAAACCCUGAGCCCAGGGGUUACUCAUGUCACACAUCCUGUGGCCUUGUCUAUUGUUACCACUAUCCCCCGGCCAUUCCUCAGUCCUGAAGUGUUAAGGUUUCUUGAGCUACAUGUGAAAAAAUUGAUGCAUUUCCAAAGGUGGGGGCUCCCCAGACGCGUAGAAGAGUCCCUCAGGCAGCUUAUGCCAGACCCGCCAACGUAUCUCCAGGCAGACUAUAAACAUCCGGCUUCCUUGAUCCUGGAUAAUGCUUCUCAAGGCUCUAUUCACAGGUUUGGGAGUAUUUCCCAGCAGACCUGGUACUCAUGUAUGGGCAGACAACCUACCCAGACCUUUUGGGUUUCUGAGUGGUCCAAGGUGGACGCAGAACAAACCCAAUACCCUGUGGAAAAGCCCUUACUCACUCUUAACCAUGACAUUCUACGUGACCUCUGUCUACUGCCUGGGGGACAGGCUCAUGACUCCAGGAACAAUCUUCAGAAGAAAUUCAUUCAGUUAUUCUGCGGCCUCCCUUCUAUGCACAGUGAGUCCUUGGUCUCCACCUUGUUAGGCACUCAGGGUUUCUCCGAGGACACAUUAAAACCCUCCUGCAAAGAUCCCCAUCUCCUGAAGGAGUCCCCACCCUUCCCCUUGCUGACCCACACUCCACCUACGGCAGCCCCGGUCCCUUCAUCAAGUUCUACAAAUGAGUCUCUGUCUGAGCAGCAAGGAGCUCAGGUGGGCGUCCCAUUUCUGACCCUGGCUGAAUGUAAAACCUUGGAAUGGCACCUUCUCCAACGACAGCUUCAGCUUCAGUGGGGCCCAGCAGCUGCCAGCCCUGGGUUUCCGGAUGUGCGGAGCCACAUACACUAUAAGCCCUGCAAUAAAUCCAAGCCACGCGAGACUUUAAAAGCCUCCUGGCCAGCAAAGUCCUUCUCAGUCCUCACCAGGGACCUUUUCUUCCUCCCAGAGCAUGCGCGCAGGCUGCUGGAAUUCCAUCUCCAGAAGCAGCUGAUUUACCUGCGCUGGGGACUGCCUCAGAGGAUCCAACAAUCCAUUCACCUGCUCCUCUCCUCCACCGACCAGCUGUCCUGCAGCAGCAUCCCAGGGGACCCAAAGGCUGAUGGCUCUGGUGACAGGUUGUCACCCAGGAUGGGCAAAGGGUCAAUCCACAUGCCGCACUUGUUUGUCCAGGCAAAGGCCAUGUUGAAGAGCCAUGUGGAUGCCAAGUGCGGGCAGAUCCACGAGGGCAAGGUCCCAGCCUGUGUCCAGAGCUCCUGGGAAAGGAUGAUUCCCAGGAGUGGAGCAGCGAGGACUUCCUUACCACACACUCUCCAAGGCCGGCCCCUGGAUCUAGGGGCAGAAAACAGCCCUGACCUACAUCACCAAGCUGUUCCCUGGAAACCAAUGGACCUUGAGGAGGAGAGGCAGGCCUUACCCGGUGCCCUCGUUGAACACUGUAAGCGGCCCCAGACGCUAUCCAAGGAAACCAUUAAGAAACUGGAGACAACUUUGCGACAUAAGUACCUGGCCUUCCUGUCAGGCCUGCCUGCCAUUUACUGUGUGGCCCCUUCUAAAGCAGCAUCUGCUGAUCAGCCUGCAGUUGCUGAGCUGAUGCCCUGGCCUGUCCAAAGCCCACAGGAACACCUACCUCAGACGACCCUGUUUGAAGACCCACGUCCAAGUGUGCCUGAGCCCUGCACUCAGGACAGUGAGGCCUCUGCCAACACUGCAGAAGAGUUGCAGCCUGAAGUACAGGUGGAAGGAAGGACAGAGAAGAUACCUCUGGAGAGCCAGCCUGCCCUGGAGAGCCCCUGCUCCUUAAACACAGAGAUCUUAGAGAGAUUGAAUUUCCACCUGAAAAAAAAGGUCCUGGAGAUAAAGUUGGGAAUUCCUCUAACAGCAAGCGAGUGCGAAGAGUCAUCUGCAGCAAGCCCAGAGGGCGGAGCCAUCCAGGAGCCCCAUGGGAGUCUAAGCAUCCCAGAAAGCACAGUGCUACAGGAACAGCCCACCUCAUGUGACUCUCCUCCAGCCCCAGAUGCAAACAGGGCCCACCUUAAAAAACAGCCAGCUGCUGCAUGCCAGGAGCAAAGGCAGCCUAGUUCCAAAGCAGUGCCCCAUGGUUCUGCUGCUGAGGGAUCCACGGCCUCACAGGUCUGCAGGAAUAUGAUCAAGGCCCAAGUUCAGAUGGGGACCUCUGGGGAAGAGACCAGCCCAGAGGAACCCUUUAGCCCUGAGCCCCAAAGGCCUGUCAAGAGCAAGUACUCAUCCCAUGCCCCCACAGUGACAGAGAAGAGGGAAGAACCAGGGAAACCCAAGGCAGUGGGGGACCUUGGAAAAGGGGACCCAGGUCUCGGGCUUUCCCCAGCCAGUGAGAAAGCACAGCAGGAUGGACAUGCGCAGCCAGAGUUGCAGCACAGGACAGCCCAAGGCUGCUCGCAACAGGGUCAGAGCUUGCGUCUGGAGGACAUCCAUCCGUCCAGCCCCCAGCAGCCCCCUGAGCUGGAGUUCCCAGAUCCACCUCCAGAAGUCCUUAUGGAGGCAGAAUCUGAGCACAACAUGCAAGGCAGUCAAAUGGAGGCAAGCGCCAUCCCGGAACCUGCAAGGAUGGCUGGGCACCCCCAGCCUGUGUUCUCCCAGGCCUUCCAGGACAGGCCUUUCCACCGCCCACUAAUCCAGGGAAAGCGUUUUCAGGGCCAAACCCGGCAAGGUCACGGUUCGCCAGGGCGGAUGAUGCCAGCGUCUGCUUACGUUGGUCCCAGCCUUCUUCCAGAGGCUAGCUUGAAAAAUAAGAUGAAAUCCUUUCUUCAGUCUAUUAGCCCCAAGAUAAGAGGCAAAACUCACACAGAACCAUCCAUGGUCUCUAGGCCUGGAAAAGUGGCCAAAACCAAAGAAAAUGUUGAAAAGGCUCUGCCUCAAGCCAAAAGCCCCAGCAAGAAAACUAAGACAGAGGACUCCAGAGGGCCCAAGGGCCAAUCUGGGUCCUCGGAGAAGUCAGUGAUCGCGUCCUUCUUAACCGCUCCCCAUAUUCUAGACAGUAAGCUCUGGCCACACUCCCGACGGCUUGGCCAGCCCCACCACUGUCCCCGACACUGCCCUAAACUGGCUUAUGCCACUCAACACAGAAACCCACCCUAG